CAACAUGUCAUUCUCAAAUAGCAUCAUGGUAUUCAAAAGUCUUUGUUUAAAACUCCCGGUUAAAAUUUCAAUAACAUUUCCAAGUGUAUGUAUAAUGCAAACAAACGUAGUCACACGAAUUUCUUGAAAAAAAAUAUAAACAAAAACAUUAAUAAUCAGUUAACACCCGAUAAACACAACAAAUUAAGAUGCGUUUGAUUAGUGAUUUGAAAACGGAGUUGUAUUCCAUGUUGUCAGAUAUGUAUUUGGUAUCAGAUAUAAAAAUUGAAUCUCAAUUUUAAAAAAAUAAUGAUCAAUCAUGUCAAACAUAUAUUCAUUGAAUCUAUUUGCUCCAGUAAAUUUGAAAACAAGAAAUAUGAUCUAAAUUCUCUAUCAAACAUGCCCUUAGAUAUCCAUGGAAUGAUAAAAUAAUGCAUUCCCGUUUGGUCGCAAGGGUUAGGUUGCCUUUUUGACUUUAGCAUCAUCACUUUGACAUAUAUGAAUAAAUUAUAAUUAUAGUUUUCUUAGUUGACUGAAAAGAAGGAUGAUGUCCAAAACAUAAGAAAUGCAUUCACAUCUGCAUAUCUAUUUAUUCUUCAUUUCAUGAUCAUACCAAGAGAUAUUAUCUACUAUAUAAUGGAGUGAUCAAUUUCAAACAAAAUGGCAAUCGGGUAUCUACUAACUUAAUUAGUUCCAUAUUCUGAACUUAUGGUCUCUAUGGAGAAUCCACCCCAAUUGCCUUUGUUCAUUUUAGCUUAUUUUCUACUACUACUUACUGCAAGUUGCUCAGUUUUAAGACGAAACGAGACCGAUAGGCUGGCAUUGCUAGCUUUCAGAGCGGAAAUAACUCGUGAUCCCGAAUGGGUUGUCGCCUCGUGGAAUGAUUCUCUACACUUUUGUCAAUGGUGGGGUGUCACAUGUGGAAGGAAGCAUGAGAGAGUCACUAGAUUAGAGCUCCAAUCUCUUCAAUUGUCUGGCAGCAUAUCGCCCUACAUUGGAAACUUGAGUUUUCUCAAGGUCUUAGACCUCAGAUUCAACAGUUUCAGUGGUCAUAUCCCAUUAGAAGUUGGCCACUUGUUUCGGCUUGAAAUUCUAAACCUCCAAUCCAACUCUUUCAGUGGCAAAAUACCAAGAAACAUAUCAGGUUGUUCCAAUCUAUCACGUCUUAGUUUAGGUUCCAACACCCUGGUUGGUAAACUUCCUACUGAACUUGGUUUGUUAUCCAAGCUUAUGAUCCUUUCUUUAUCAAACAAUAGUCUAGUGGGGGAAAUUUUACCUUCUCUUGGCAAUCUAUCUUCUCUUGAAGUAUUCACAAUUACAAUCAAUAAUUUUCAGGGGAGCAUUCCUGAAUCCUUUGGACAGUUGAGAAGACUGAAUACUCUUUACCUUGGUGCAAACAAGUUGAGUGGUCAGGUCCCUGUUUCCAUAUACAAUAUCACCUCACUUAAAAACCUUUCUUUUCCAGUAAACCAGCUUCAAGGGAGUCUUCCCCAAAACUUGGCACAUCUACUUCCAAACGUCGAGAUGUUGAGACUCCAUACGAACCAAUUGCAUGGACCGAUACCAAUCUCGAUCUCCAAUGCCUCGAAGCUCUCGAUUUUUUCGGUUUCCAACAAUCAGUUUACGGGAAAAGUCCCUGUCCUAGCAAACCUAUACUCUCUCCAAGAUUUAGGCUUAUCUAAUAAUGUUUUUACAAACGAUGACUUGAGUUUUCUAUCCCCACUAGUUAACUACACCAAUUUGGAAACUUUGCAGAUAAGUGACAACAACUUUGGAGGAAUCUUGCCGGAGUACAUAAGCAACUUCUCCACAAAGCUCGCUAAAAUGACAAUCGCUAGGAAUCAAAUACGAGGGAAGAUCCCCAGGGAGAUUGGAAAUCUUAUCAACUUGGAAGCCUUGGGAAUGGAGACAAAUCAGUUAACUGGUACAAUACCAGGAUCAAUAGGUAAACUGCAAAAACUUCAAUCUCUAUUUCUUAAUGGAAAUAGACUUGUAGGGGCUAUCCCACCUUCUAUAGGCAAUUUAACCAUGUUGAUAAGAUUAAAUCUAAGGGAAAAUAAUUUGGAGGGAAGCAUACCACCAAGUAUUGGGCAAUGCCAACAAUUGCUAGAGAUGUCUCUUGCCCUUAAUAAUCUUAAUGGUUCCAUACCAAAGGAGGUCUUUGUUACAUCAUUGUUUGCUUUUGAUUGGUAUGAAAAUCAUUUGAUUGGUCCCAUUCCCAUGGAAGUGAGCAAGUUGGUAAACCUUAAUUAUAUGAAUAUUUCCAAGAACAAGUUAUCUGGAGAGCUUCCAAAUAGUUUAGGUAGUUGCAUACGCCUAGAGACUCUAGCCUUAAGUGGCAACAUGAUUCGAGGAACCACUCCCCAGUCUUUGAGCUCCUUGAGAGGAAUUCAGAUUCUUGACCUGUCUCAAAAUAACUUGUCUGGCGAAAUUCCAGAAUAUUUUGAGAGCUUCCAGGUUUUGGAGUACUUGAAUCUCUCAUUCAACAACUUUGACGGUGAGUUACCUAUGCAAGGGGUCUUUAAGAAUGCAAGUAAGUUUUCAGUCACAGGGAACUUAAGACUUUGUGGAGGAAUACCUGAACUAAAGCUAUCCAGCUGCAAAUCCAACCAGCCCAAGAAAUUGUCUCCUAAGCUAAAACUAUUCGUCAUAAUUGCUGGUGCAAUUAUUGGUCUAAUCUCAAUGUUGGCUUUUGCUGCUCUAUUUUGGCUGAGGAAAAAAAGAAGCAUGCUUCCACCAAGCUUGUUGCAACCUUCUAGUUUGCAACUAUCAUAUAAUGAUCUCUUCAAAGCAACUAAUGGAUUUGCUCCUUCUAAUUUGAUCGGCAAAGGUGGUUUUGGUUCAGUGUAUAGAGGAAUUCUUGAUCCAGAUGAGAUGGUCGUUGCAGUGAAAGUGUUCAACCUUCAAUACCGAGGAUCCUUCAAGAGCUUCAUGGCUGAAUGUGAAGCCUUGAGAAAUAUUAGGCAUCGAAAUCUUGUGAAGUCGCUAACCGUGUGUUCAAGUAUAGAUUUUCAAGGUAAUGACUUUAUGGCAUUGGUCUAUGAGUUCAUGGUGAAUGGGAGCUUAGAAGAUUGGUUGUAUCCUGUUGAUGGAAGUCAUCAAGGUUUGAAUCUUAUGCAAAGGUUAAAUAUUGCCAUAGAGGUGGCCAGUGCUUUGGAGUAUUUGCAUAAUCAAUGCCACAUAAAAAUUGUCCAUUGUGAUCUAAAGCCAAGCAACAUUCUUCUUGAUGGUGACAUGACUGCCCACAUAGGAGAUUUUGGAUUAGCAAGAAUUAUUCAUGAAGCUUCUGAGCAUUUAUCUUUGGAGCAGACAAGUUCAAUUGGACUAAGAGGUUCUAUAGGCUAUACCGCCCCAGAAUAUGGGAUGGGUGGUAAAGCAUCAACUGAUGGUGAUAUGUAUAGCUAUGGAAUCUUGCUACUGGAGAUGUAAACGGGGAAAAAACCAACUGAUGACAUAUUCAAAGAAGGGUUAGACCUGCACAACUUUGCAUUGAUGAGUUUGUCAGAAGGAAUAUGGAAUGUUGUAGAAACUAGAAACAAUGACACUCAAAAUACCCACAGGUUUCUAGUCUCCAUUAUUCAACUAGGACUCAAAUGUUCUGUCACACACCCCAAAGAGAGAAAGGAUAUUAGCCAAGUUGUAGCUGAAUUAUCUUCAAUUCAGAGGAUUCUCCUUGGAAAUGGGGCUCGAGGUGCACUCAAAAAUCAAAAUGGUUUGGAUUUCGUAUAAUCGUCUUCAGCAAUGGAACUUAUGUGGAAUUUAUGAUUUGAAAGAUUAAUAAAAAUGCUUCGAUUAGACCAUUUUCUUUCCAUUAUCAAUUAGAUUAUUGUACUCUACAACUCCAUGAAGAGUAAUUCAAUGAGAAAACACACAUUUAUUUGAAGAAACGCAG